CCAAAUAUCGUAAAUAUUCAUAUUAUUACAUAUUGCACCUAAUCUUUAUUUCUUUUUACAGGACAUUUGAUUGUUUUUUGCAUUUAUAUUUGUAGUUUUAGUACUUUAAAGUAGUAUUCUAGACUUUUAUAUGCUUCUGUUAGGUUAGAACUUGAGAAUUCUUAGGAACAUCAAUUUUUGUGAUAUAUUUAAUAUUUUCUUCGUAUUUUUUUAAAGAUAUAUUCAUUCGUAUUAUAUAUUUGUGUUUUUGUUGCUUAAAAAAUUUCAUUUACGUUUUAUAUUUUUAACAUUUUACUGUGUGCGGUAACAACUAUCGUUUUAAGGCGAUCGAAUGUUCUUUUAUUAGAUGUAGUAGUUCAUUUUUGCUUUUAAAUUUCAGAAUUGAUUUCAUAGCUUUUUAAUUUAUCUUUGCAUUUAUACUUUUAUUUAUUUUGUGUUUAUAAUUUUCAUUUUGUUUUUACGUGAGUUGUUGUACGAUAAUAACUAUCGUUAUAAGGCGAUCGAAUGUUCUUUUUUUACAUGUAUUAGUUCAUUUUUGCUUUUAAAUUUCAGAAUUGAUUUCAUAGCUUUUUAAUUUAUCUUUGCAUUUAUACUUUUAUUUAUUUUGUGUUUAUAAUUUUCAUUUUCUUUAUACGUGAGUUGUUGUACGAUAAUAACUAUCGUUUUAAGGUGAUCGAAUGUUCUUUUUUUAGAUGUAUUAGUUCAUUUUUGCUUUUAAAUUUCAGAAUUGAUUUCAUAACUUUUUAAUUUAUCUUUGCAUUUAUACUUUUAUUUAUUUUGUGUUUGUAAUUUUCAUUUUAUUUUUAUGCGCAUUGUUUUCAGAUUAGCUGAAUUAUUAGAAAUAUUUUCAUGAUUGUUAUGUGUGCUUAGAAUUUUCAUAGUAUUACCCAUAUUAUUUGGUAUUUACCAGCAAUUUUGUAAUCGGCAAGUUUUGGUUUCAGAAUUUUUGACUUUUUUAAAUUAAGUAGCUCUUGAGCGGAUAAGUUUUCAUUUAGUCUGGAAUUAUUUACAUUUAGAAUGCAUUAACUAAUUUUCAGGAGUACUGUUUUAACGAACAAGUUUUUUUCUUUCAUCUUUUACGUUCGAUUAUUACUUUUUUAGUUCAGUUAUUGUUUUAGUAGAGUAGUAUUUUUUUUAACACACUGAAAUGCCGAAACGGAAAAGAAGCAUUACGGGAGAUGCAUCGAGAAGACGAAGAGCUGAAGCACAAAGGUUACGGCGAGCUACAGAAAAUGAAGAAGAAACCGCUAGCAGACUGAGUGCGCAAGCAGAGCGCCAAGCAAACCUACGUGUUCAAGAAACGGAAGAAGAAACCGCUAGCAGACUGAGUGCGCAGGCAGAGCGCCAAGCAAACCUACGUGGUCAAGAAACAGAAGAAGAAACCGCUAGCAGACUGAGUGCGCAAGCAGAGCGCCAAGCAAACCUACGUGGUCAAGAAAUGGAAGAAGAAACCGCUAGCAGACUGAGUGCGCAAGCAGAGCGCCAAGCAAAUCUACGUGGUCAAGAAACAGAAGAAGAAACCGCUAGCAGACUGAGUGCACAAGCAGAGCGCCAAGCAAACCUACGUGGUCAAGAAACGGAAGAAGAAACCGUUAGCAGACUGAGUACGCAAGCAGAUCGUCAAGCAAACCUACGUGGUCAAGAAACGGAAGAAGAAACCGCUAUGAGACUCGGCAGAGAAACUAAAGAGAACGUGAAUGGCUACCCACUCUACAGAAGAAGGGACGAUGGAAACUUUAUCGUGAUCAAGGGUCAUGCCAUCGAUAACAGAUGGGUCGUUCCUUACAAUCCGUAUUUAUCGAAAAAGUACAACGCCCACAUAAACGUUGAAGCUUCAUUGGGUGCCAAUAUAGAAAUGCCUUCGGGUUCGGGUCCCUACUGCUUCAGGAUUCACGGUGCCAUAUAUCAUCGA